AUGCAUGGAAAUCCAUCUUUAGAAGUAAUAGGUAAGCUUAGCCUAAAUGAUUCCCAUUCGAAUACAGCUCAAAUCAAUAUAGGUCAAGUCUCUUACUGCGAUGGCUUGUUAUUAUGCACCAUCCAAAACAACACUAGACGAAUCGUUGUUUGGAAUCCUUGUACUGGUCAAACCAAGUGGAUCCAUGUCGGAGAUCAUUACGAGCCAUGGGAAUCUUCCACCUAUACUCUUGGAUCCUACCAAGAUAACAGAUCCCGAAACAGUAGCUACAAAAUAUUGAGAUGCAUCGAUAUUCACUAUCAAGAAUUCGAAAUAUGUGAUAUUAACUCUAAUUCAUGGAGGACGCUUGACGGUCCUGACAUCAACUUAUUCCAACGCCAAAGCGUAUAUUUGAAGGGAAAGACUUACUGGCUUGCUUCAGAUAGAAACGAGAGAAACAUACUCGGAUUCUUAGUCAGUUUUGAUUAUACAAGAGAAAUAUUUGAAUGUCUGUCUCUUGAACCGUUACAGAUUCAUAGUUUUGUGGGCGAAUCUGGGGACGAUGUGGUUUUAUCUGUUGUCAGAGAAGAGAAACUCUCCUUGUUACUACAAAACCAAUAUAAAUUAAGGAAACAGAUAUGGGUAACAAAUAAGAUUGAUGAGACCACAGAGGUGACGUGGAUCAAGAUCUUGGACUACAUUGGAGACUAUAGCAUUGGCAAGAGGUAUUUUUUUGUCGACGAGGAGAAGAGAGCUGUCCUCAUGUGUUGUGAGGAUUGGGGAAGGUACAAUGGCAUAUCCAAAUACAUAUACAUUGUUGGGGAGGAGGAGAAUAAAAUACUUGCAGAAGUGGAUUUUGGAGCACCAGCUAGUUCUUGGCCACGUUUGUAUAAUUAUGUUCCAAGUUUUGUUCAAAUCCACUUACCUGGACGGAAAAGAAAAAGAUGUGACUAA